GAUAUUUACCCAGCAGUGCGGCGUUUCUUGCUCGAAAGCGGCUUAAAUCGAACUCUCAAGGCGCUAGACAAGGAGACGUCUGCUCUUGAAGAUGUGCCUGUGGUGAAGCCCAAGAAGGCCAAGGCUUUGGAGCCUUUGGAGCUGGUGGCUGCCUGCCAGACAUGGCUUGCCCAAAGAGAAGCAGCGGAACCCGCGGAAACCGCUGAAAGCAAAGCCACUGCGCCCGAGUCGAGGCCCAACAAGAAAAGAAAACGAGAAGGUCAAACUCAGGCCUUGGCCGAACCAGUCGUUGAAACAGAGGUCCAGGAAGAAGCGGAGGCACCAGAGGUUGCAGAGGUCAGUGUGAACAAGAAGUCCAAGAAGCCAAAGAAGGAAGACAAGGAGGAUAAGAAGAGCACUCCAUUCAAACGCAUUGAUGAUGACAAGUGGAAGGCAACGAUCAAGGACGAACGACUGCUGGACAACACACAUCUUGCCAAGCAGAAGUUUGGUUUGUCGAAGGGCGACAGCUGGGCAGACAAAGCGUCCGAGGACUUGCUGAAAGUCAAGGGCAAAGGUUUCCGGAAAGAAAUGGCAAAGAAAAAGCGAGCCUCUUGGAGAGGCGGCGGUGAAAUUGAUCAAGGUGUGAAUUCCGUCAAGUUUGAUGACAGCGACGAUGAGUGA